UUUACUUUCGGUUUGUUUAUUGUGUCGCCGAAAUAGUUGGUGUUUGUUUAACCUUCGCGCAAAUUGGACUUUAUAACCAUAAAGGUUUACCACAUUCCUGUUGAAAACUGAGUGAUUCCCGAAUCGAGCCAUCGUAGAAAAGCUAUGACGUCCUCCUCUGCAGUUUCAGUUUCUUGGAGAAAUCAAGGUAAUAACUUCUAUAAAAAAGUUGUAGACGGGUUAGCACCAGUGGUAGCUCGCAAGAAUCUUCAAGAUGCAAUGAACGCUUAUUACCGAGCUGAGAAUUAUGCAGAGACUGACGACGAAAGAGCUUCAGCUCAAAAGAACUUUGGAAUGGCAGCGUUUAAGAUGGCUCAAGUAUGUUCUGCAAGUGAUGAUACAUCUCAAGUCGAGUUUUAUUUCAAAGAAGCUAUGAAAUAUUUCAGUAACGCAGAGAAAUAUGGCAGAAGAGAUAAAAACGGUGACUGGUUGCUCGGUCUUCAGACCAUGUCAUUACAGUGCUGGAUGAGUAUUCAAGAUACUAUUGAUAACGACAUAGAGGAUCAUAUAAAGAAGUAUCAUAUAUAUGUUGAAGAUAUAUUAGGCGAUGAUAACAAAGCCAACGCUUACUAUGAGCUCACUGAGUUUUAUCUAAAUUUAGCUGUGCAGAAAGUUUUGGGGAAGGAUUAUAGAACAGCCUUAUCUUUGUUGAAAGACUGUUACUUUCCUGUCUGUGAAGGAAUCCGGUUUGCCCAAACCAAAUCUAUCAGAGAGAGUAUUGAGAUGCUUCAAGAAGAUGUCCGUAUACAAACUUGUAUAGCUGAAUCACUGCAAGCUUUAAACAUAGCCGAUGAUUUGUUCGUGGUUGUUGUGAGUGAAGAAGAAAAUAUUAAUUUUGAUGUAAUCUGGGAUAUCAUUGAUUGGUAUAGAAAGGUCAUCAAUUUGACACGUGAGAAUGAUAUUGAAAUGGAAGCUAUUGCUCAUUGCAGAAUAGGCAAAGUAUACGACAAGAUUUUGAAGCUAAAAGAUCGUGCUAGACAGUACUAUACGAAAUGUAUUGAGCUAGCCAACACUUUAAUACCAAGAACUGUCUAUGACGAAGAAUGGUAUCGUUUGGCGACCAGUAUCUUACAGCAGUAUCAACAAGAAGAUCUGCAGAAAGAAGAAGAGAAGAAAAGGCAGGAAAGACAGGCGAUUAAAGACAGGCUUAAAGAUAAACUGGAUGAAAUGAAUACAAAGUUUGCCGAUUCAUCAAAGGCAGAUUUUCUUAGAUACGUCUACAAAACAUUCCCACCUAAAAACAAAAAGCAUACCUUAGGUGAGAUACCGGAACAACCGGAGCCCAAUGAUCUGAAGAAAUUAUACCAAAAGGCGGUGGUACACUAUCACCCUGAUAAGAUUGAUGUUAAUGUACACGGUAUAGAGUGGAAAGUUAUGUCAGAAGAAAUUGUAAAAGUGUUAACUUCACAUUAUGAGUAUUUUAAACAAUGUGACUAGUUACAUGGCUGUUUUUGUAUUAGCUCAGUUUUACAAGUUUUCUUCCCUUGUGCACUUUGGACAAUAAUGAAGAUUAACAUCAGAUUGUUUCUGUUUUUAGUUUAGCAACAUUUAAUUCAUUUUUUUAUAUGCCACAUAAUAUUGUGUCGUCGACCCCGUCCGUUCGUCCGGGGUCCACAAAUGCUUGUGGACGCUCUAGAGGCUAAAGUUAAUAUCCAAUUGACUUUCAAUUUAUACACCGUGUUUAAGGUCAUUGGACGAAGAAUCCUAUUGAUUUGCAGCGAUUUCCAAUAAUUACUAACAGAGUUAAGGCCCUUGAACGGUUUGAAAAAGCUUGUGGAAGCUUUAGAGGCUAAAGUUAAUAUCCGAUUGACUUUAAAUUUAUACACGGUGGUUAAGGUCAUGAGAAGAAAAAACCCGUAGAUCUUGUUGAGGCUCUAGAGGCUAAAGUUAAUAUAAAUUGUUUAAGGUCAUGAGACAUGUUUUCUGAUAAUUACUUCAUGGGUUAUUACUCGUAAUCAUGUGUUGUAAAUCUUCUCAUUACUGACAAAAGAAAACAAAUAUUAUUUAAUGAAAUCAUUAAAAUGCACUAUAUAAAUUUAAUUAACACAAACAUAAACACAUGAAAAUGGCAUGAACUUGGAGGUGUUGUGUUUACAUACACCGAAACAAAUUUCAUCAAAAACCAUUCAUAAUAAUUAAAGAUAUCCAACCACACGAAAAUGAGUUUGCCAGUUACCUGAUAUUUUACUUAUUUCCCCAUGCGUUCAACGUGAUAAAGACAAAAUAUUUAUUUGAAGUGUGUAAUAUAAUUUUCUACACAAUGCCGCCUUAAUGUAUGCCCCAUGAGCAUGUUAAUAUGUUAUAUAAUGUUUGUGUUGAUUAAUCUUUUCUGUACGGCAAGUCUUUUUAAAUGUUUAAACACUUCUUUAGUAGGAAGUGCCAAUACAAUAAAUAUAUGUUUAAUUUU